GGGCAUUAAUUUACAUAAUAUAAACUUUCCCAGCUUUCCCAGCCAGUUUUCAAUUGCCACAGCUUGUUGCUUGUCCCCGAGCGCCCCCAACUCCGAUUCGCUUUUUCAUGAAUGAAAUUUUGGCGCGCUUUCUGCCGCGCAGGCGCCCUCAGGUUGCCGAAGAGAGAGAGAGAAGCCGGUUGAAGGUGGAUGAUGGAAGUUGAAACCCCAGCCUCCUUGGAGGCUGCCAUUUCAAUCUGCGAGUCGGCAGACAAAAGCAGCGCGACUUGGACGGCGGCCAACAGUUGCGGUCUGGAGCUCGUAGGUUGCACUUCGCAGUCGCAGAAGUAAAAUCCGGAUACAAAACCCUCGAGAGAUUUAAGCCUCCAUCGUCGUGGUGCGUGAUUUGAUGCCGAAAUGGCAAAUUAAAUAAAACAAAUGAAAUUAUGGCUUGAAUAUGUAUGAUAUGCCAAUAAAUUGUCAUUUGUGUGUCAGUGCUAGUGCCAGUGUGAGUGCCAUAUGUGUGUCUUAUGCGCAAUAUUUAUGAAUGUAAUUUCCCACGACUGAGCAGAGACAAUACUCGUUUUAGUUAAGUGAACCCGAAAAAGCGGAUCUGCAUUGUCUGUGGUAAUCCCUGUGGAAAUCCCCAAAGCUAUUUUUCCCACACCCAUCUCAUCCGCCUGCAGCUGAGUAUUGGCUGCAUAGCAAAUCGCAUCAGGCAUUCUGACAUCGCAUCUCGGAUGGCAUCUCUGGAUCUCUGAAUGGGCAAAGUGCUCAGCACACUCCAUAUCAGCUCUUCUUGCUUUUCUUUUUUUGUUCCCCUUUUUGCCACCAGUAGUUGCCUGCCAGUAGUUGCAACUUGCAGUUUACAGUUUACACACGACGAACAGCGAGUAUGGAAUCUGAAUUACAAAUGCAGCCAGCAUUUUGCAUAAUUUAUGUCAAGCAUGAAAAUAACAACUAAAGCGGGCGAUGGCCAAAAGCGGCAGGGUGGAGCUGAGGGGGUCGACACACACAUGGCCAUAAAUAAGUGCAGGUUUAAAUACCACGGCAACAAUUGUGAAAUAUGGCAGAAUAAUAGAAAGGACUAGAGCAGAGCAGCAGCUAAAUAUUCAUAUACUCAAAUGUGCACUGCACUGGCAAAAAAUAGCCAGGAGUGGUCUCUAUGCACCAUUUUGUACGCUUUGAUAAUUAUAUAUAACAUACAUUUAUAGGGGGAUUAACCCUUUGAAAAACAAUAAAAGGCACUCAAGUAUGUACAUUUGUACUUGAAAACUUGAGCUCAAUGAAAUCUAUGAAUUCGUUCUGAUUGUUCAAGUGUUUGGCCAUAGUUAUGUUUGGUCAUUGUCAAUUCACGGAAUUGAGCUCAGUUUGAAAUAUGGCCAUCGCUUCUCUUAAUAACUUGAUUUAUAAACAAAGCUGUCUAUAUUGAUAAGCUAGCUUUAAUUAAAUAACCACUCACGUGUUUUGUUUAAUUUAAAAUAAUUCUAAAUUGAGUUGCCUCUAAACCGUUGCAGCUUAAGUGUUCAAAUAAACCAGACAACUAGUUAUAUAGACACUUAUAUAGACAACUUGUGUCAAAAGAAGAAGGUCUCAUAGACCGGCAACAUUAGCUUGCGAAUUUUCCUCAUUUUUCCGCCAGUGCACGUACGAAUAUGAGUUGUUAGUGGCACGAGUAGCUCUGUGCAAACGGGUUAGUAGAGGCCAAAUGUCAACUGUAGGCGGUGCACCCAGGGGUUAAGGAGUGCCAGAGAGGGGUUAAGUGGGCUUGGAACCCCCUUCGGGGCACGCCACUGUUCUGGGGACAAAACAAAGCGAAAUGUGCCAAAAAGUUAUUUUAGGCGAACAGCGAAAAGCGUGCUGUAUGAAAUGUGGAAAAGAAAAAAGCAGAAAGCGCGAAAGAAAGCGUCUAUAAAGUGGGCUUAGGUGUGGGUAAGUGGGCGGUGGAAAAGCGGGUGGGAGUGCGGCAAAGGGACUGCAAGUUGGUAAUCUCAAAACAAUUAUGCAUACGCGCGCAUACAGAGAAGAGCGUUUGCCACAGAAAUCUGUGGCGCGUGAGAGUCGACAAAAAGUUGUCCAAAAGCCCGCAAUGAAAGCGCAAAAUGCUUGGCCAUUAGCAUAAAAAAUAAUGGCCAAGUGGCAGGCACACAACAAGUCAUGAGCAGAGAAGCGAGCGGCGGGGUGUGUCCAUUUCAUCGAAGCCUUCGUCUUAAUCCUUUUGACUGUCGAAUUGGUGUGAAAUGCCGUUUUGGGCCGCCCUUUUGUUUCGGUAUUUCCAUGACCAUUCAUUUUCACAUAAAAAAUUCAAUGUUUGUACAGCUUACUUUCAUACUACAGCACUUAAGAAAUACAAAAAAAAUAUUCAAAUAAUUUUUGAAUCGAAUAUAAAAAAUUCUUAAUUAGAAUAAACUUUUUUCUACGAGAAGUGACUGAAACUAAAAAAGAAAUAACAGCAAAUAGCGAAUGUCGCGUAGUUUUUUCCCGUGAUACUCAAUCGUGUCAAUCGGACCUAUCGAGAAGCUCCUUAGCAUUGCAUACUUUUAUGGGCGAAUGCUUGGCAGUGAAUGUGCAAAAAGAUACAAAAUGCGAGCAAAAGUGAAGCCAAUAAAAAGGCGAUAAAAUUGACGCCGAUACAGGAGGAGGGAGCAGAGGGAGCAGAGGAGCAGAAGGAAGAGCCGCUCGUCGGAAGAGACACGAUAAGCGUAUCCUGUCGGCAGAGUGCAUAAAAAGGCGAUAUAUAUUCCGGUGUCCUGUGCUGUGUGCUGUGUGGCUCGUGUUUGUUUGUUGCUGCAGCCCCUGAUAGCCGACGAUUCAAAUGCCUUGGUGAUUAAUGGGCCAUUGGCCAUUGCCGACGGGAUGCGCAUAAUUCAACCGGUCCAAAGGACCAGAUACGGACCAUGGCCGGCCGUGGGACUGAGGCUGGUCCUGGCCCUUGCCUGGGCAACGUCGGCAGCGGCUGCCAUGGAGUCAUCAGCCGAGCUGCAGGCCCUGGGCUACGAGGCAAUUAGGCCAGGUGCUGCCUCAAUUAGCACAUCCAGCCCGUCCAGCUCGCCACCCGGAGAAUCGGCAUCGACUGUGGCUGCCGGGGGGAUUCCGGUUCCACCCCGCUCCGAUUGGAAGUACAAACGGACGAAAGUCAAACGCCGGCAGCAGCGCCUCAAUUCACACAGCAAUCUACCUGGCAGCACCAAUGCCUCCCACGCCCACCACCUCCUGAAUCUGCCGCCCAGGCAGCGAUACUUGAAGGUCAACCAGGUGUUCGAAAGCGAGCGCCGCAUGUCGCCGGCCGAAAUGCAGCGCAAUCAUGGCAAAAUCGUGCUGCUCGGACUCUUCGAGCUGUCCACAUCGCGGGGUCCACGUCCGGAUGGUCUGAGCGAACUGGGAGCUGCCACCAUGGCCGUGGAGCACAUCAACCGCAAGCGCCUGCUGCCCGGCUACACCCUCGAGCUCGUGACCAACGAUACUCAGUGCGAUCCCGGAGUGGGCGUGGAUCGCUUCUUCCACGCCAUCUACACACAGCCCUCGACGAGGAUGGUGAUGCUGCUGGGAUCGGCCUGCUCGGAGGUUACCGAGAGUCUGGCGAAGGUGGUGCCGUACUGGAACAUCGUGCAGGUAUCCUUCGGUUCCACAUCGCCGGCGCUGAGCGACAGGCGGGAGUUCCCCUACUUCUACAGGACCGUGGCCCCGGAUUCCUCGCACAAUCCGGCGCGCAUCGCCUUCAUUCGGAAGUUCGGCUGGGGCACGGUGACCACUUUCUCGCAGAACGAGGAGGUCCACUCGCUGGCGGUGAACAAUCUGGUCACCGAACUGGAGGCGGCCAACAUAUCCUGUGCCGCCACCAUCACCUUUGCGGCCACCGACUUCAAGGAGCAGCUGCUCCUACUCAGGGAGACGGACACGCGCAUCAUCAUCGGCAGCUUCUCGCAGGAGCUGGCCCCCCAGAUCCUGUGCGAGGCCUACAGGCUUCGGAUGUUCGGGGCGGACUACGCCUGGAUCCUCCACGAGAGCAUGGGUGCCCCAUGGUGGCCGGACCAGCGCACCGCCUGCUCUAACCACGAGCUGCAGCUGGCCGUCGAGAACCUCAUCGUGGUCUCAACGCACAACAGCAUCGUUGGAAACAACGUGAGCUACAGUGGACUGAACAAUCACAUGUUCAACUCCCAGCUGCGCAAGCAAUCCGCCCAGUUCCACGGCCAGGAUGGACUUGGAUCCGGUUCUGGCUCCAGGAUCAGUAUCGCUGCACCACAUUCUGAUUCCCGCCGGCGGCGGAGGAGAGGCCUGGGAGGCAUGAGCGGAGGACACCUCUUUCCGGAGGCGAUCUCGCAGUACGCGCCGCAAACCUACGACGCCGUGUGGGCAAUCGCCCUGGCCUUGAGAGCCGCCGAGGAGCACUGGCGGCGAAACGAGGAGCAGUCGAAGCUGGACGGAUUCGAUUACACCCGCAGCGACAUGGCCUGGGAGUUCCUGCAGCAGAUGGGCAAGCUCCACUUCCUCGGAGUGUCGGGUCCCGUGUCCUUCAGCGGCCCAGAUCGCGUUGGCACCACUGCCUUCUACCAAAUCCAGCGCGGUCUGCUGGAACCGGUGGCCCUCUACUAUCCGGCCACGGAUGCCCUGGACUUCCGGUGUCCCCGCUGCCGGCCGGUGAAGUGGCACAGUGGGCAGGUGCCCAUCGCCAAGCGGGUGUUCAAGCUGCGGGUGGCCACCAUCGCACCACUAGCCUUCUACACCAUCGCCACCCUCUCCAGCGUGGGAAUCGCGCUGGCCAUCGCCUUUCUGGCGUUCAAUCUGCAUUUUCGGAAGCUCAAAGCAAUUAAACUUUCCAGCCCGAAGCUGAGCAACAUCACCGCAGUGGGCUGCAUCUUUGUGUACGCCACCGUCAUCCUUUUGGGUCUGGACCACUCGACGCUGCCCUCGGCGGAGGACUCCUUCGCUACGGUCUGCACGGCCCGCGUCUAUCUGCUCUCCGCCGGAUUCUCGUUGGCCUUUGGUUCGAUGUUCGCCAAGACCUACAGAGUUCACCGGAUAUUCACGCGGACCGGCAGCGUUUUCAAGGACAAGAUGCUGCAGGAUAUCCAGCUGAUCCUGCUGGUCGGGGGAUUGCUUUUGGUGGACGCGCUGCUCGUAACCCUCUGGGUGGUCACCGAUCCCAUGGAGCGGCAUCUUCACAACCUGACGCUCGAGAUCAGUGCGACUGACAGGAGUGUCGUUUACCAGCCUCAGGUUGAGGUUUGCCGUUCGCAGCACACGCAAACGUGGUUAAGUGUCCUGUACGCCUACAAGGGUCUACUUCUUGUGGUGGGUGUCUAUAUGGCCUGGGAGACGCGCCACGUGAAGAUCCCUGCCCUCAACGAUUCACAGUACAUUGGAGUGUCGGUCUACAGUGUGGUCAUCACCAGCGCCAUUGUCGUGGUUCUGGCCAACUUGAUUUCCGAGCGGGUCACCCUGGCCUUCAUCACAAUCACAGCUCUGAUUUUAACCAGCACCACCGCCACUCUUUGCCUGCUCUUCAUCCCAAAACUGCACGACAUCUGGGCAAGAAACGACAUUAUCGACCCAGUUAUCCACAGCAUGGGUCUCAAAAUGGAGUGCAACACACGCCGAUUCGUGGUGGAUGACCGCCGUGAACUGCAGUACCGGGUGGAGGUGCAAAACAGGGUCUAUAAGAAGGAAAUCCAGGCUCUGGACGCCGAAAUUCGAAAGCUGGAGAGGCUCCUCGAGUCGGGUUUAACCACCACCUCCACCACAACCUCGUCGUCCACCUCGCUCUUAACGGGUGGAGGUCACUUGAAGCCGGAACUGACGGUAACCAGUGGAAUCUCGCAGACUCCGGCUGCCAGUAAAAACCGGACACCAAGCAUCUCGGGAAUACUGCCGAAUCUCCUGCUCUCCGUGCUGCCUCCUGUGAUUCCCCGGGCCAGUUGGCCCUCAGCCGAGUACAUGCAGAUCCCGAUGAGGCGCUCCGUGACCUUCGCCUCCCAGCCGCAACUAGAAGAGGCCUGCCUGCCCGCACAGGACUUGAUUAACCUCCGUUUAGCCCAUCAGCAGGCCACGGAGGCUAAGACGGGCUUGAUAAACCGAUUACGAGGGAUAUUUUCUCGCACAACUUCGAGCAACAAGGGAUCCACGGCCAGCCUGGCGGACCAAAAGGGUCUGAAGGCGGCCUUCAAGUCGCACAUGGGUCUGUUCACCCGCCUGAUUCCCUCCUCUCAAACGGCGUCCUGCAAUGCCAUAUACAAUAAUCCCAAUCAGGAUUCCAUUCCCUCGGAGUCGUCCUCCCACCCGAAUGGUAACCACUUAAAGCCCAUCCACAGGGGCUCAUUGACCAAAAGCGGUACACACCUGGAUCACCUUACCAAGGAUCCGAAUUUCCUGCCCAUCCCCACUAUUUCGGGUGGUGAACAGGGGGACCAGACAUUGGGUGGAAAGUACGUGAAGCUGCUGGAGACCAAGGUGAACUUCCAAUUGCCCAGCAACCGGAGACCUUCGGUGGUGCAGCAGCCGCCCAGUCUAAGGGAACGGGUAAGAGGUUCGCCACGCUUUCCACACCGCAUCCUGCCGCCCACUUGUAGCCUCAGCGCCCUGGCCGAAUCCGAGGACCGUCCCGGAGAUAGCACCUCCAUCUUGGGCAGCUGCAAGUCCAUUCCCCGCAUAUCCCUGCAGCAGGCCACCAGUGGGGGCACCUGGAAAUCCAUGGAGACAGCGGGCAAGUCGAGGCUUUCCCUCGGCGAUUCACAGGAAGAGGAGCAGCAGACGCCUGCGAAUGGCAUGGAGUAAAUAAGAUGUCCAGUCCACUGUCCACAGUCCAAAUCCAUGUCCUCGUCAAUUAGAAGCGAAACACCAAGCAAUUAUUUUAUCACACGCCCACAAAAUCUGCCCCAGAAUCGCGCGUGUGCAACUGACCAAUCAUCAGCUUAAAGCAAUCAAACGCAUUAGGGUAAAUCGCUAGAUAAGUCACGAUAGGAACCUCCCCUCCUCGUCGAGUUCUCAUAGCUAGUCAUUUUCCUGAACUUAGCCGAAGCAGCUACACAGAGAAAAAACUGCAGGCACAUUGUGCUCUGUCUAGAAGUAGAAACAAUUUACAAAGUAAACUAAGAAAUUUAUGAAAUGGUAGAGUUGAUCUUCAUAUUCACGUUGAGUCUAUGUUUUCGAUAUCAGAAAGUUUUCUGAGAACUACCAUCAGUAUUCGCCCCGGGGUGCCAAAUGUUUAGCAAAAUGCUAAAAUACUAUUUUUUAGACUAUUUCAUGAUAAUCAUUUCCUAAGUCCUAGUGUAGUGAUCCCUUACUAAGCAUGGAUAUUAUUUCCUUAGGUAUUUCGGCGAAGAAAGAAGAUAACUUUAGGUCUUUAAAAAAUGUUAUUUCCAUUCGUUUCUUUGAAUUGAUAAGAUAACAUCGAGGUCGUUUAAGCUUAGUUUAGACCUAAUCGCAUCUCUCUGUGUAGAAUCUCCUCCGCAAUGUGAUUGACCCUGGGCCGCGUAGGACCAUCAUCUAGGUUAAGUAGAUGCGCUUGUCGGCCACUUCCAGUUUCCCAGCCAGUUGUGAUUAACCUAAUCCUUAACCCUUGCAACUUAUCAUCCUCCUAGUCGUAAGUAGCUGCAUUAGUGUUUGUUUUCUUGUUGUUGUGCCGCCGCAGGACGGCUGUAUCUGCGGUGUAUCUACAGUGUAUCCAGUGAGCAAUACUAAGAAUCGUACUUAAAGUUAGAACCUAGCAUCAGCCGAGAUCCAGAACCAGAGCCAGAAUCAGAAACAGAACCAGAACCAGAGUAGAGUAGGGGUUGGCAGCCAGUGAGUAUGAUUAAUCAUCGCAGACUAACCUUGAACCAUGUAAGAGUCCAGAGAUGUUAGGGCGAAAGCCAAAACACUUGAGAACUGCUCAAGACUAAGUCGUAAGUUUUAGCAUUGUAAUCCCAAUCGACUUCAAUCCACACACCACGCAGCAUACACCACACACCAUACUACCGCAAUCCAAACUCUACCUUCCCACCACUCGGAUAACUUGAAUAAACAGAGAAGUCUAAGCAGAAAUGCCAAGCCAGAAUAAUGAUUAAUUAA